GAGUGGAAAGGAGUAUACUUAUUUUUUACUCUGACUUAUUUUAUUAGUUCAGACGUACUUCGAAAACGAAGAGACAUUUAAUGUAACUUCAAUUUGCAAUCAGGAGCGUAAUAGGUUACUUAGUUAAAGGGAGUAAGAAUCCGUACUUACAGCCGACGAUCGCGCAGCUUUCCGUAUGCGCAGGAAAGCGCCGUGUUAUGGGAUCUGCCUCUUCGUCUGGCGUUAUCGCAGUCCAACUCGGCGGUCCACCAAGUGGCUUCGAGUCGCGGUCGACCAAACAAAACAUGGACGCCGUGGAAAUAGAUACGUCGGAACCGCCGCCGCAGCAGAGCGAGGAUGUGAUCGCGACCACGGUGGAGAUAUGUCGCGUGUGUCUACUCAGCAACCCGGAGAUGCGUGAUAUCUUCCAUGAGAGUGAGGAUGCGUCCCUCUCGGCAAAGGCGAUGAGCUUUGCCAACGUUAAGAUGUUACCAGGUGAUGGUCUACCAGCACAGUUGUGUUAUGACUGUGCCAACAAGCUGGAGUCGGCAUAUGAGUUCAAGUUACAAGUGGAGCAAGCAGACGGUGUUCUGAAAGAGAAGCUUCUUGGUAUGAACAUAAAAGAGGAAUUGUUUUUCAACGAGGUCGAGGUACACUUGGAUGCUGAGAGAAAUGAUGCUAUAGGUGAGUUAAGCGACGGUGCCGAUUAUGUAUCUGCCACCACGGUACUACCAGGACAAUCAGAGGAUGACAAGAACCUCUUGAAACAUGGACAGUUGGUGCUCUUGGAAGUUGAGAAGUUAUCACAGUCAGAGGAGAUACAGCAAAAUCCGGAACAGGAUGAUUCACAAGAGAUCACGCAGGAGAUCACGCAGGAGAUCACGCAUGAAAUCAGUGAGAAUAUUGCUGAGGAAUUACAGAACGAACUAUCCGGCACAAAGGACGUUGACACCUCGAGUGCCGUCGUGGCGUCUCAAGACUCAGAAUCUUACAAGAACGAGAUCGUGAUCCAGGAUCGCAUGGACGCAAUUCCGACACACGAGCACGAUUACAUCAUGCAGCAGCAAAAGCCGACACCUGUAACAGAAGUGUCUAUGCCCAAAGAGACGAAAGAAAGCACGCAAUCAUCGAUUGAACCCGAGCAGGACGACGCAGCGGAACGCCCGGUAACGCCAUUGGACGUGGUUACUCAAACCGAAGAGGAAAAUCCAAAUCAACAGCAAGAGUUGCCGGAGGAGUUAAAGGAUUUCAAGGAAGCGAACGAAACGACUUUGGCGGAGCAACAGGACUCGCAACAGAGCGAGACCAGGAGGAGCAAACGCAAGUUGACUCGUCGAACCUUCACCGAGAGGGACUCUGACGAGGAAAACUAUUUCGAGAAUCUGAAUCUCAGUUCUCGACUGAAGAGAGCACAGGCGGAUAAGGCGGAAAAGGUCUUUUUCGUGUGUUAUCUAUGUGACAAGCAGUUCCUGGCGAAAAACGUGCUGAAGGAACACAUGCAUUCCCACGAAGAGGUCAGACGCGCCCUGUCCCUGAAGGAGACGCCGGAGAAGCCACCGAAGUCGAGCAGCAUGCCGCCGUCCGGCAAGAAAGCUAACAAGUGCCCUUAUUGUGGUAAAGAGUAUCUGUACAUAAUCUCGUUUAACAAGCACAUGAAACUACACGAACAGCAGAAGGAGGGCUUGCCGCUCGACAUGUUUGUCGAGGACGAUCUCAGCGCGGAAUUCGAACAGUCGGACACGGAAUACAGAAGGCGGACGAGGAGAAGCAGCGGCAUAGCGAUGACGAACAUCAGCAACGACGACGACAAGAACGACGAGUCUACGAGCGACAAGGACAAGAGGAGAAAGCGGCCGCGCACUGAAGCGGAAUUCGCAUGCGACAAGUGCUCGGACGUUUUCGGCACAAAGCGGGGCUUGCACAAGCACAUGUCCGCACGGCAUGUCCACAAGUGCAACGUGUGCAAGGAGGAAUUCGACACCUUGGAGCAGCUGAGAAAGCACCGUAGCAAGCAUAUAGAAGUUGAGGAUUCGUUGGACGAGCAGGACACGGAGAAGCAGACGAAGCAGCGGAGUGGCGUGAAACACCAGGACGAAAACAAAGACGACUACGACUACGAGGAUGCAGGCGAGGCGGCCGAGAAUGACGACGGCGAGGAGGUCGCGACCACGAAGGAGCUCAAGUGUCCCAAGUGCCCGGCGACGUAUAUGCGCAGGAAAGCGCUGUCGAAACACAUGGAGACGCAUUGCGGGACCAACAGUCACAGCUUCAACUGUAAGGUGUGCAGCCAACAGUUCUCGAGGAAGGACCAAUUGCGCAGGCAUGCUGAGCAGCACGGCCGUGUGAAAGCUUACAAGUGCACUCAGUGCAACAAGACCUUCGGCAAUGAAUUCACCUUGAGGAACCAUCUGAUCUCCACGAGUCACAAGACUUUCCUGCAUGGCCAAGAAUAUGAUCCCAACAAACGUAUUAAGCGUGUGGCCGCUAAAGCGGCACAAAAAAUCAUCGACAAGAUCAAGACGGAAGUCGGCCUGGAGGACUUGGACGACGAUGAUGACAACAGUGACGAUGAUCAGCAUUUCGCCACGUUAGGCAACUAUUAUCGCAAGCGCCGCACGCCAAAGAAAUACAACGCCAAGAAGCAUCUGGAGUGUGGCAAGUGUCACAAGGGAUAUAGCACUAAGCAGUCGCUGAUGAGGCACAUGGAGUAUCACGUGAAAGAAGAGAAGGAGAAGGAGCAGUUGAAGAAAGUUAUUACGGAGAAGAAAGAGAACCAAAGGAACGACGAUGGCGGCAACGCUGGCACUGACGCCGGUGCUGAUGUUGGUGUUGGUGUUGCUGCUAAUGUUGCCGCUGGUACUGGUGGUGCUGGUGCUAGUACCGUUGCCGUCAUUGGCAUUGACGACGACGAUGACGACGAUAACUCGGACUUCGAGAGCGGCCUGGAUUGGCCUAUGGACAAUCAUGAGUGCAGCACGUGCAAGAAGCGCUACAGCACGAAAAAGUCGCUGCAACGGCAUCAGCUGCUGCACGAAGAUCCAAACUUCGAGUGCGACAUCUGCCACGUCAAGUUCUACCGCAAAGACAAACUGAAGGCACACUACGACAAGUGCUCGGAGAAGAACCCAGACCAGGUGAGGAAGUGCAACAUUUGCGGCGAUCGGUUCGAGAACAAUGAGAUCCUGCGCGUGCAUCGGGCGACCCACGUGACCGAGGGCAUUUUGACCGAGGAGGACCUGAUGGAUCUGGAGCCUAUGCCUCCUGAGGAGAAGAAGGAGAGAGUCGUGCGUAAGAGACGAACCGACAUCGUCGGUCUCGAGUGCACCGAAUGCAACAAACAAUACACCUCGCGGAAAGGGCUGUUGCGACACAUCCAGGUGCACGAGGGCAAGAAGUUCCUCUGUGACAUCUGCCCGAAAAAAUUCUACCGGCGUGAGCAUCUCAAACUUCACGUUGCCAAGCACAAUAUGGUGAAGCCGUAUAAAUGUCACCGCUGCACCAAGCGCUUCAUCAAGGAGGAACAGUUGAUAGGCCAUUUGUCCAAGCACGACCGCAUGUUCCGGAAGAACAAAGACGACACCACCAAGCGAUUCCUCUGCGAGAUCUGUUCCAAGAGUUUCACGCAGUCCACUACGCUGAUAGCGCACCUUCGCGCCCACAACGGCAUCAAGCCAUAUGUGUGCGAGGUAUGUUCCCGGCCGUUCACCACCAAUGCCUACCUAAAGAUGCACAUGCGCACGCACACGCAAGAGCGACCUUACAUCUGCCAAUAUUGCUCGCGCGCGUUCGCUCGUGCGGACACGCUCUCCAACCACCUGACCUCACACACUGGCGAGGCCAAGUACCACUGUAAGUUGUGCCCGCGCAAGUUCCGCCGGCUCAAGUCAUUGAAGGAGCAUACGUUCAUCCACACCGGCCAACGGCCGUAUGAGUGCCCGACUUGUGACCGCAAGUUCAACAACAACGGCAGUCGCUACGCCCACAGCAAGCGCUGCAAACAGAACCUGCUGCAGAGUCAGCAUCGCGCGGCGCAACAACAACAGCAGCAGCAGCAGCAACAACAGCAGCAGCAGCAAGAACAGCAGCAGCAGCAGCAGCAACAAGAACAGGAGCAGCAGCAGCAGCAGCAAGAACAACAACAGCAACAGCAGCUCUUGCAGUCGGCUCAACAGGUCCAAGUGCAGGUGCAACAAGUGCACCCGCAGCUGCAGCAAACCAGGAUGACAACACUCAGCCAAGCCCAAGUGGUGAAGGCACAGAACAUCAAGACCAUCGCUAUCGCGAGGCAGCCGGUCGUCGAGCCGACGAUGGUUGGUACACAUCAAGUGAUGCAACAUCAAGAGAUACUGAUGCCGCUAAUAUUGCCGCUCACCGUUACCCUCGCCGACGUCGGUGAGGAGGUAAUACUGCCGGAAGGCACGAAGAUCUUCACGACGACGUAAUCCUGAUUGACGGCGUCUCGCGGACUCGGUGGAACACAUGACUUCCUCGAGGAAGAAGAAAAAAGCGAGAAAGGGGACACAAUGUGAGGAUGAGGAAGAGCGAGCCUCGACGCGAGCAAGCAAAGAUCCGGGGCCGACCGACGAGCUGAGGGAACUCCGACGCCGGAAGCCGCAGCCUGCUACCGUUCUUGUUCCCGCGUACCGGAAGGCUGUCGCGCAACCGGCAGUUAACGAUGAAUCGCGAUCGCGAUUGCACUCGACUCGUGUUGCCGAUCAGCACGCAUCAUUAACGAGAGAGUUUCUUCGACGAGCAGAGAGAGAGAGAGAGAGAGAGAGAGAGAGAGAGAGAGAGAGAGAGAGAGAGAGAGAGAGAGAGAGAGAGAGAGAGGGAGAGGGAGAGGUGCGAUUCGUCUCGGUGUGCACGCUCCGCUAAAUAUUACUGUUAAAUAAUACCUACGAUAGUGUACGAAUUUCGAAAAAUAUCAUUUCGAUUAUGUAUGAAACGUUCAUAUCGAAGUUUAUUUUUGCAACGGUGAAGGCGUAUAUAUAUAUAUAUAUAUAGGGAAUAUAUAUAUAUAUAUACACAUAAUUUAUCUAGAAGUUCUGGUAGGGGGGAGGGGGAAGCGGUAUGCCCUGCUGCGUUGACGAUACUCGUCGGUGGCUCGUUUAGCUCAGAAAAGAGUUAAACAAAGUGAUUACGGCGGCGAGAGUCGACGAAGAGGACACGUUUGCCAUUUGCGAUUCCCUCGAUCUUCCUUGAUAAUUUGAGCGGACGGUCCAUCAACAAAUGUCGUUGACAGAGCAAGAGAUACUUGUACAGAAUCACAUCUUUCCAUAAUAUGCAUUAUCUGGAGUGCAUACGAAAGAACGUCUUUGAUAAAUCGUUUUAUGGAAGUUGAAUAGGAGGAGGAAGAGAUACAGAUAAGGAGAUACAGGGAUAGAGAAGCAAGAUGAUUUGUCAUAAAUGUAUAUGUAAUAUAGAUAGAUUUCUCCUUUAAGAUAUGAUAAUAAGACUAAGAGAAUAGCGUAAAUACUUAAAGCUUAAUAUAAGUAAUACUAGAUCGAUUUCCAACUAUUUUGUUCUUCCAUUCUUUUUUCCUCUCUUCUUUCACACAACAUCUGUACGCGAAGUAUAUUCGCGAAUCUACUAAGAGCCAUUAAAAUGUUAAUAUCAUCGCCUCUUUUUCGUCCUUUUUUCUAACAAAUCUAGAUCAUAACGUUACCUGUAAUAUGGAGUAACAAUGUCAGUGGUUAAAGAGUCAGAAUCUGACAUAAUGUAGAAUUGUGACAAUUGCGUUUUUUCCAGAAAGAAAAUGAGUGCACUUGCUAUUUUCUUUUUUUCACCUUGCAUAAAGAGUGUGCUAAACGGUAUUGUAACGUCUGUCUCCUGGAUAUAAUUUGUAUCCAGAUAUUAUUUUUAUAUCCUUAUGCUUAUACUUGCAUAUUUGAAGGAUUGCUAUACUACUUUUGAAGAAUUACUAUACUGACUUGAACAACCUCUUUCUGCAGGAAAAAACAAUAUAUAACAUGCAAAAAGUUUGCAUUAUAAUCCAAAGUUUCACGAAAAUUUUUAAUAUACUAUAAAUUUAUAAUUUAUAAAAUGAGCUAAUCUCCUCGAUUGCUCAUAAUUGCAAUGACUUGCGUUCGUUAAGUGUAACAGCUUUUAAAAUUGUUAUGACCUAUCACAGUGAAAUUUGUAGAUAUAUGAUGGAAACGUUGUUACAUGUGCGCGAAUUUUGAUUUCGUAUUUAGAUUCUGUUGCAUAAAUAAAGUAUCUAUUCUAAUAUUAUAUAUCGGUGGUUCAUGGUAUUUUUUGAGUCUAUUAAACUUUAAGCUUAUUCGUGUUGCUUAAACUUUUCGUAUUUAGAACAAGGGAGAUGCAUACUCGAACUCUGAAAGAAACAAGAGCGAAGGAAUCGAACGCGAAAAGUUCAAGAAACAUGAAACAAUAAACCUUUUAUUGUAUCAACUUUUAUUGUACAUACACAUUGGUUCCAUUUACGAAAGAAGGGAACUAUUUAUAAUUUUACAAUGCAUUAUAAUCCAAAGAUAAUUCAAUAAAUUAUAGAACUUCGUGAUCAGAA